CGGAUCAUUUUCGAGAGAGGAUGUGCUAGAGGCUCUAGCCCCCCAGCUCCUAGAAGGAGUCUUAGGCUUGCAAGGCGACGUCGUCUUCCUUCUCCAAGUCGAUCAGAAUUUUCUUUGGAAUCAGAAGAAAAAUGGAGGUUUUGAGCUUUUGAUUAUUGGGAUAAGUGGAACUGUCUUGUUUUUAUAUCUUUGUUCUCAUCCUCUUUGGUGGUAGUUCUUGGUUUAAUCUUUCUUCGAGCAGGAUUAGAGACGGAGUCAUUUUACCUCAGAUUGUUAAGAGAUUUCUGCAAAUUAUGGGAUGGAUUCUGCAAACUAUGGGAUAGUCUGGAAUGACCAACAUAAGGGGAAAGGGAUUGAGAUGCUUCAACGACCGAUACAAUGCUUCUCCCUUGGAUUUUCCAAUAUGACCAAGAUAAUGAAUUUCCAUGACAAGGAGGGCGUAGGGGAGCGGCCGAUUGUCGGAGGUGGCCGUGAACAUGUGAGUCAUCAGAAAUUUACACCAAUUGAGAUUGGCGUUGUGAAUCAUCGCAUGGAUCGUCUUCGUGUCUUCUUGGGAGAGAUUGGUGUGGUUGAACUUCCUGGGCUUGAGGAUCCGUGUCAACACAUAGAAGAUGAAACGAUACACGGGACUCAUGGAAGAAAUCGUAGGGCGCCGCUGUUGGGGAGUGGGUACGAAGUGACGGAUGCCCACUUCCUCCAAGAGAGCGGUCUCAUUGAACCGCGCCCCCUCUUCUCCGGUGUAGAGCCCGAGAUCCUGUCCGUCCCGACGAAGCCCGGUGAGGAUUUGAAUGUUCUCUUCAUUCAAAUAAAUGUCCACCCCGUUGACGUUUGAAAUCAACGAUCCGUCCUCAUCCUUUUUCAAUUGAGGAACCCAUGAGGGUCACACUAGGUCCAUGGGCAUUAGACCGAUGCCAGAUUGGCCAUAGUGCAAGUGGGAGAUUGUUGGAGUUGUGCCUUGAUGGCCAACUGUUUAUCGUUAUUCUAUCAUGUAUAGGCAGAUAUAAUAUGUUUACACAUCUCAUGCUAAUGUAAACAAAUAUUAUAUUCCUAGAUUUAUAUUUAAAAGAUGUUUAUCAGAUAGUGUUUUUCUGCUGAUGAGACUAACAUCUUGAAAUAAAUAUUUAUCUAAAUG